CAGAAUGCGGCAGUUCGUCUCAACGCGCUUUUCGCAAGUUUGAAAGUGUACAUGGCAAAAAGAAGGUCCUUUCUCAACACCAAAGAUUGACCCUGCAAGGACGGAGCGUUCCUUUAUGGAAGGAAGCACGAAACUGGAUUCGUCGCGGCUCUUUAGCGCACAAAAGGUUAAGCAUCCUCCAAAGUUACCUUACAAUGUUCCUGAACCGAGGUUUUCCGAUAUAUCUUCCAUACGUCCAAGUGAUGCAACUUUCUCUGCCGACCAAGGAGGUGCAGGCAACAUUGUUGAGAAUUUGCACUCGCACUUCUUGCUUCACACCUGCUUAUUUUGUUAUUUUGUGGAAACAGCAAAAGCAAAUUCGAUCAUCAACCACAAUCCGAGAAUGUUCACAAAAUCUUCGUCGUUCAAGUGUAUGGAUGAUGUUUUCGCCGAGUUGAGCCGAGAAGUUUUGUCUGGAAGUGGAACACCACUUAACAAAACAUUUGCGAAGAUGGGCUUCAGGCCAACUUACAAGCAGGGUUUUGCUGAUGAUUAUUAUUACACGGUCAAGGAUGAGGAGCGUGAUAGGGAUAGGGAGCAGAUGAGGAGCGCGAUUUACGACGAGCAUCUCUAG